AUGGUCACGCCUAAUAACUGGUUCGUAAGAUGUAGUCGACGUCGUAAGGAAGUAAUGGAAGUGAGCGGAGAGUCUUGGCGUGCAUAUUACACUGGUGGACCGGAACAUCCGCUCAGCGCUGCGACUUCUGCUGUACUUGGGGUCGCUGAAGACCCUCAACCCCAGUCACUCGUCACCGAGUAUUACAAGCUGCCUCCGCUUGUUCAAGAUGCUCAUCUCAAUCUACACAAGGAAGUUUGGCCGGCCGGCGGAGGCCUGAAGGCGGCCAAUGGCGGUCACGGGGCGGAGCUGGGUGAACUGACGGGCCUCCUGCACGCGGGCCUCGUGAAGCGCGAGCCCGAGGACCUCAGCCGUAAGGUGGUCGAGGAGCCCGAGCACGCGCUCAAGCCGCCGCGACACAAGGUGGCGGUCGGCGAGCCCGGUGAGGCGGCGUCGCCCUCUCCUGUACCCUCGCGAGCCUCCUCAGCAGGCUCACUUCUUCCAGACGCCGCUACUAUGUACGCUGCGCAAAUGUUUGCGCCCCCAGGCACUCCCAGUCCUACGCCCUAUGGCGAGCAAUAUCCGCGCCAGACGACGACGUUCGCUGGCGAGCCCUACUACAGAGAAUAUUUCAUCGGUGAUGGUUAUCAGCAAAGAGCGGCACCGCCGUACAGUGACACGGAAUCAGCAUCGGCAUCGGCAUUCGGCGAUCGAUAUUCGGCGCCACGUUAUCACAGCAAGAGCGUGAUAGCGGCCGCGGGGCUUACCGUCGACCUCCCGUCCCCCGACAGCGGCAUCGGCGCUGACGCCGUCACUCCUCGAGACCACACAGCGGUCCAGCAGUCGUUCGAGUACACGGUGAUCUGCCAGCAGCCCGUGGGCGAGGACGGCCGGGGAACCCCCGCGGCUCAUCACUCUCCCGUACAGCCUCCGAGGACACGUCCCUGGCACGACUUCGGAAGACAAAACGACGCUGAUAAGAUACAGAUCGCCAAAUCAUUUUCACCUUAUGGGUUUAAAUAUCACUUAGAGACGGCAAGUAGCAGUUCACAGCGGCGUGAAGAUGACCGCAUCACAUACAUUAACAAAGGACAGUUCUAUGGCAUCACGUUAGAAUAUGUCCACGAUCCAGACAAGCCACUCAAGAACCAGCCAGUGAAGAGCGUUGUUAUGCUUAUGUUCCGGGAAGAAAAAUCACCGGAAGAUGAAAUUAAGGCAUGGCAGUUCUGGCACGGUAGACAACAUUCAGUCAAGCAAAGGAUAUUAGACGCCGACACCAAGAACAGCAUCGGCCUCGCUGGUUGCAUAGAAGAGGUUGCUCACAACGCCAUCGCCGUCUACUGGAAUCCACUGGAGAGUGCAGCUAAGAUUAAUAUCGCUGUACAGUGUCUGAGCACAGAUUUCAGCAGUCAAAAAGGAGUUAAGGGUUUACCACUUCAUAUACAAAUUGACACCUUCGAAGAUCCGCGGGACAGCCAAGUCUAUCACAGGGGCUACUGUCAAAUUAAAGUUUUUUGUGAUAAGGGGGCUGAAAGAAAAACAAGAGACGAAGAAAGAAGAGCUGCAAAGAGGAAAAUGUCAGCAACGAAUAGGAAAAAGUUGGAUGAGAUUUACCACCCGGUGACGGAAAGAAGCGAGUUCUACUCGAUGGCUGAUUUGUCAAAACCACCAGUUUUAUUUAGUCCCGCAGAAGAUAUUGAUAAAUUAGCGGGAAUGGACAUACAGGGAUUCUAUGGGCACGACGAAGGUGCUCUCGCUGAAGCUCAUCUCAAGGGCGCUUCCCCAUUCCUCUUGCACGCAGCAAAACCUCAAGCACCAGCACUGAAAUUCCACAACCACUUCCCACCUGAUGCACCUGCAUACAGAUCUGAUGUAGGUGGUCUGUCUCCAUAUAGCGACCGUAAAGAUUCUUUGGAAUUGGAAGGUGUUUUAGGCAAGCGUGCUCGCACCUCCACCCCUCCUCUUAGCGAACGCGUGAUGCUGUACGUGCGCCAGGACACUGACGACGUUUACACACCACUUCACGUCGUGCCACCUACCACGCAAGGCCUCCUGCACGCUAUUGAGAAUAAGUACAAAAUUUCAAGUUCGGCAAUUAAUAAUCUUUAUCGAAAGAACAAGAAAGGGAUUACAGCCAAAAUUGACGAUGAAAUGCUCGCGUAUUACUGCAACGAGGAUCUGUUCUUACUGGAGGUGCGACCUGCCGGCGGAGACGACGAGCCGCUAUACGACAUCACCUUCGUGGAACUGCCCCUUGACCACUAA